GUCGUUUCUCAUAUUUCAGUGAAACACAGUGAAGCUUAUUUUCCCCACGAAUAAACAUAACCUGUAUCCAGAAAACACAUUAUAAAACGACAUUUUGCAUAACUACAAUGAAGAAGCUACGAUUUGAAUUUGUGGUGAAAUCAGAAACAGAUCCAAAAACGAACGUGUUAGCUAUAACCUCAAUUGAGACACCACAGGGCGAAAUAUACAAGAUUCCAGUAGAAUACCAAAAUAUAAGACAUCAUGAAAAACUGACAACAACGGAAACGUUUAAAAGAAUAAAAACCACGCUAAAACUGAGGCACCAAUCUAGGAGAGUAUGGAUUACAUUAAACGAAGAACUACGAGAUACGUACUUAGAUGAGGACGAAAAUUUAAAAUAUGAACAAUACUACUUAGAAGAAAUUACAAACGAACCAACUUCUACCAGCACCACAGAAGAUACAUUGAAAAGAUUUUUGGAAGAGAGCAACGUAAAGAAAGCGAUAGAAAAAUUUGUAAUUGAAAAAUUUACAGGUAAAAAUGUGAAUGGAGUUCAGUGGUUAGAGACAUUUGAAAAAGAAUGCAAUCGUUUGAAGAUACAGAAAGAUGAAGAAAAAAUUGAAAUUCUUAGAUUAUUUUUAGAGAGCUCUUGCUUAGACUGGUAUAGUUCUAUGUUAAUAAAACACUCCAUUACAUCGGAAUGGGAGAUUUGGAAAAACAAUUUUCAUGAAACAUAUGCAGAUAAAGGAUGGUCUUCGAUUAAAUAUGCCAUAUCAUACAAAUAUAUAAGCGGUUCUUUAUUAGAUUAUGCUCUGAAAAAAGAAAAACUCUUAUUAGAGGUAAAUAAGGCAAUAGAUACAUGUACAUUAAUAGACCUUAUGGCAGUAGGAUUACCAGAAUUUAUAAUAAACAGAAUUGAUAGACAAAAGCUGAGAGAAACCGAAGAUUUGUUCAGAGAAUUACGCAGUCUAGAGCACAUGAUAAAAAAGAAAAACACAGAAAAUAAAAAUUUUAAUAAAUACAUAAAAGACGAUUCAGAGAAAAAGCAACAAAAAAGACCUUGCAAAAUUUGCGAAAAAAAAGGUAAAAUGAAUAGAUUCCACCCAGAAUCUGCAUGCUGGUUUAAAGCAAAUGAAAACGAUAACAAAGAAAAAAACCAAAUAAAAUUUGUAAAUAAUACAGAAUUAGAAUCGGAACUAGUUACCUUGGAACAAAAAAACUUGUAAUCCCACCAUUAAUCAAAAUAAAAUUGCAACUACAAGACACUAUAGAAGUAAUGGGAAUAUAUGACUCAGGGUCGAAUGUCUCUCUAAUAAACUCAAAAAUAUUAAAACUAAAGGAAAAAAAACCAGAAAAGGUGCAAAGCGCAAAUUUAUUAACGAUUAAUGGUGUGAAAAAAAC